AUGAUGUCAGUACGCCACGUCCUUUGUAUUCUCACUAUUGCACUGUGUUGUGUCUGCAGUUAUGUGGUAGCUGCUCAAGAUGAAGAUCUUAAGGCUGUGUCUGCGGAUCCUGGUCCUGAGGGUCCACCAGGUCCUGGUGAUGGACUUUCUGAAGUUUCUCAUUGUCCAUCUGAUUCACCCCCUGUGAAAGGUGAUUCUCAGUGUGCAGAAAGGGGUGGGGGAGGACGUAAUGAUGAUCUUGGUACACCUCCUGGUCUUAAGGAACAGCCACCUGGACAAGUAACUGAAAAUACAAUGGAUGGCCUUCGAGAAGAGGGAAGUGUUAGUAGCGGUACAAAAGUGGAAAGUGCUAAAAGAAACUUGGAAGUGAAAGAUGCCCAAGAAGAGAGUUCAGAAGAUGAACGUAAUCCACGUGCUGGUGCCGUAUCACCUGCAUCUGGAGUGCCUAGAACUUCUGAUCUUGAUAACGGAAGUGAAGGAGACAAAGCGUUGGGCCUUAAGGAACAGGAAGGUCAAGGCUCUCCAGUUGCUGUACAAGGCGCACAGGGUCCUCCCGGUGCUGCUGCUCCCUCUCCUGGUCCUACUUCU